AUGGAUCGGAGAUAUGGACCCAUGCUGCCGGGACGAGGUCACCUGUCCCCUCCACGCAGACGCGGGCAAUUCUUUCGUUUCGGCGCUCCAGAGCUAACAAGAGCCGAGGCCAGGGGCUGCUGCGACGUCCCAAGGCCACAGGCCCCCGCCCCCUCGGCCCCAGUGCCCGUUUACGCACUCGCGGUCGCUCCUCGCAGAAAAAGCAUGCGAAGGUUCGUCGCUGCAGCGUUGAUGCUGGCGCGCCGUCCCAAUCGGAGCUUUGUGCUGGGCAAUCAGACGCCUGGCACUCGCGCCCUGGCGGCGCAUUUUCGAGGCCAGAAGCCACUAAGAAGCCUGGACGUCGCAAGCCCUUCUGCAGCCCCGGUCUCUCGUGCCCCAUGUCGCGUGGAAACUGCAAGCCACCCUGACCAAUUGCUGCAACAGGCCAGCCUUAUAUCCACACCGCCGCAAUGCACGCUGCUCCACCCCGGGCCACGCUGCGUCGAAACGGCCGUUAUGCUUACCGUUUUCCGUCCAGCGCCGCGGCGCAAACUAUCUUCGACCGGUGCUGCGACAGCUCAGCUUGCGACACGCGACGGAAGCGCUCCCGGGACCAACUACGAGGCCGCUACGAAACACAGAAUAGCCUCGCCCCCCGGCCGGCGAUUGCUGGACUGGGCAGCAGUACAGACGCCAUCCAGCGGCGCCGCAGACGGGCGCGCAAGGACGUCAGCUGAUGGCAUAUUGGGCCUUGGUCCAUCGUGUGCUGAUGACUGA